GCCGCCCCGCUCCGCCCGGGCGCUGUGGCGGCACCGCGUGCUCGGGCGCCGCUGCCCCGCUCCGCGCCCGCUCCGCGAUGGCUCCCGGAGUUACGGCGAUCCCGGCUGGACGCAGCUGAACGGCCGCCCCCGGGCGGGGGACCCGCUCGCACCUCGCAUGUCCGCGGCGCCCGGGAAGUCGGAUGUGUACGGCCUUCCUCCCCCUCCUCCUCUCCUCCAUGGCCGUCGUGCUCCGGCUUCUCGGCCUCUCCGGGAGCGCUCCGAGGCCGGCGGGCAGCAGCGGCAGCUCCGCACGUCGCGAUCGCCGUAGCGAGGCUCGGCGCGGCUGCUUCCAGUGACCGCGCCCCAGCCCGGCCAUGUACCCCCAGGGCCGGCACCCGGCUCCGCACCAGCCGGGCCAACCGGGCUUCAAAUUCACCGUGGCCGAGUCCUGCGAUCGGAUCAAGGACGAGUUCCAGUUCCUGCAGGCCCAGUACCACAGCCUCAAAGUGGAGUAUGACAAGCUGGCGAACGAGAAGACCGAAAUGCAGCGCCAUUACGUUAUGUACUACGAAAUGUCGUAYGGUUUGAAUAUUGAAAUGCACAAACAGACAGAAAUUGCUAAAAGACUGAACACGAUUUUAGCCCAGAUCAUGCCUUUUCUGUCACAAGAGCACCAACAGCAGGUGGCCCAGGCUGUUGAACGUGCCAAGCAAGUGACAAUGACGGAGUUGAAUGCUAUCAUCGGGGUACGUGGACUUCCCAAUCUGCCUCUCACCCAGCAGCAGCUCCAGGCCCAGCACCUCUCGCACGCCGCCCACGGGCCCCCGGUCCAGCUGCCGCCGCACCCCUCGGGGCUCCAGCCGCCCGGRAUCCCGCCGGUCACCGGCACCAGCUCGGGGCUGCUGGCGCUCGGCGCCCUGGGCAGCCAGGCCCACCUGGCCGUCAAGGACGAGAAGAACCACCACGAYCUGGACCACAGAGAGCGAGACUCAAGUGCAAAUAAUUCCGUGUCCCCCUCGGAGAGCCUGCGGGCCAGYGAGAAGCACCGGAGCUCCACAGAUUACAGCAUCGACUCCAAGAAGCGGAAAGCGGAGGAGAAGGACAGCAUGAGCCGAUAUGACAGCGAUGGUGACAAGAGCGAUGACCUGGUGGUUGACGUCUCUAACGAGGACCCCGCUACCCCCCGAGUGAGCCCGGCCCACUCCCCCCCGGAGAAUGGCCUGGACAAAGCCCGUGGGCUGAAGAAGGGGGACGCUCCCAACAGCCCGGCCUCGGUGGCCUCUUCCAGCAGCACUCCCUCCUCCAAGACCAAGGACCUGGGCCACAACGACAAAUCCUCCACGCCCGGCCUCAAGUCCAACACUCCGACGCCCCGGAAYGACGCUCCCACCCCGGGCACCAGCAGCACCCCRGGGCUGCGGCCCAUGCCCGGCAAACCCAGCGGCAUGGACCCCCUGGCCUCGGCCCUGCGCACGCCCAUCUCCAUCGCGGGCUCGUACGCGGCGCCCUUUGCCAUGAUGGGGCACCACGAGAUGAACGGGUCGCUGACGAGCCCCGGUGCCUACGCGGGGCUGCACAACCUCCCUCCGCAGAUGAGCGCAGCCGCCGCUGCCGCCGCUGCCUACGGCCGGUCGCCAAUGGUGAGCUUUGGAGCUGUUGGGUUUGACCCACACCCACCCAUGCGAGCCCCAGGCCUGCCCUCCAGCCUGGCGUCCAUCCCCGGAGGGAAACCGGCCUACUCGUUCCACGUGAGCGCCGAYGGGCAGAUGCAGCCGGUGCCGUUCCCGCACGACGCGCUGGCGGGGCCCGGCAUCCCGCGGCACGCGCGGCAGAUCAACACGCUGAGCCAYGGCGAGGUGGUGUGCGCCGUCACCAUCAGCAACCCCACCCGCCACGUCUACACCGGYGGCAAGGGCUGCGUCAAGAUCUGGGACAUCAGCCAGCCUGGCAGCAAGAGCCCCAUCUCCCAGCUGGACUGCUUGAACAGGGAUAACUACAUCCGCUCGUGCAAGCUGCUGCCGGAUGGCCGCACGCUGAUYGUGGGGGGCGAGGCCAGCACCCUGACCAUCUGGGACCUGGCGUCGCCCACGCCGCGCAUCAAGGCCGAGCUGACGUCGUCGGCUCCCGCGUGCUACGCGCUGGCCAUCAGCCCCGACGCCAAGGUGUGCUUCUCGUGCUGCAGCGAYGGCAACAUCGCCGUGUGGGACCUGCACAACCAGACCCUCGUCAGGCAAUUCCAAGGGCACACAGAUGGGGCCAGCUGCAUAGACAUCUCCCAUGAUGGUACCAAGUUGUGGACAGGGGGCCUGGACAACACAGUKCGUUCAUGGGACCUGCGGGAAGGGCGGCAGCUGCAGCAGCACGACUUCACCUCCCAGAUCUUCUCGCUGGGGUACUGCCCGACGGGCGAGUGGCUGGCCGUGGGCAUGGAGAGCAGCAACGUGGAGGUGCUGCACCACACCAAGCCCGACAAGUACCAGCUGCACCUGCACGAGAGCUGCGUGCUCUCCCUCAAAUUCGCCUACUGCGGGAAGUGGUUUGUGAGCACCGGGAAGGACAACCUGCUCAACGCCUGGAGGACGCCCUAUGGAGCGAGCAUCUUCCAGUCCAAGGAAUCCUCGUCCGUGCUGAGCUGCGACAUCUCGGCCGAUGACAAGUACAUCGUCACGGGCUCGGGGGACAAGAAGGCCACAGUCUACGAGGUCAUCUACUAACCCUGGGAUUUAUGGAUGGGCCGGCAGCUCCGGCCCCGGCAGCGCUUGGAAACGCUCCGGGAAUGCUCUGGGAAUGCCGAGGGAAAGGCUCCGGGCCCCGGCCCCGCUCCGCCUGGCGUCGCUCCGCCCGGCAUCCGCCACACUCGGAUUUAUUUGGAGAUCUGCAACUCUGGCACACAUGGAAGCCCUAAAUGGAUUUUUAUUUGGUUUUAGGGCUUUGGGGUUUCUUUUGAAUUUUUUUUUUUUUUUUGUUUCCCGGUUCUUUCCGUCUGGCUUUGGUGGCACUAUAAAGGACUCCUUUUUUAUUGGGACUUUUUUUUUGUGCAUCCCGCAUAAGACUUGUGAAAAAUGUAAAUACUGGACUAGGAGAUAGCGUGGGAAGGGGGGACCCUCCCAGUACACUUAGUUGUGUAUUUUUGUCUGCUGUAAUUGUAUUCCACUGAUGGUUUUGGUGGUGGCAAUUUUAUUCUGGGGGUUUUUUGGUUUUGUUUUUGGUUUUUGUUUUUUUUUUCCCCUUUUCCCCCCCUCUGGAAGUGUCCGUGGGGACUUUGCCAUCCAGGCUGAGCAGAGAUGUCCGCUGGUGAAAAGUUGUUCCUCCUGUCGUGCGUCGUGUGUUAGUGAUGGUGGGGAAUCGCUCGGAUCCUCAGCUACUGACGGGACAUCGACACAAUCACCUUGGGGUUUGCUUUCAAGAGAUGGAUUUAUGGAUUUAUCCUUAUUUUUUCCGCGCUUGGAUGUUUGAAGAAAAGGGGAAGCCCACGCAAGCCCUUCUUGGUCUUCGGACAGAAGCAAAUGAGGAGUGAUUUCAAAGAAAGCUUAGAAAAUUCAGCUCAGGGAGCCACGAAAGAUAAUAGCAAACUUAUGUGUUUUGUAUUCAAAUGAAAGUAAAGAAUUAGAAUUGAUAACCUUGGAGAAAAAAAAAAAGACAAAAAAAAAUACAGUUUUUUUUUUAAAAGCGAAAAGUUUACUAACAAGUAGGGUUUGUGUGUGGUGGGGGGGCUGCUUGUGGUCCUUGUGGGCUUUAUGGUCUUGUGUCUUCUGGUUUUAUGGAGCAACUCCCUCCCCCACAGGCCUGCGUCAGCCUUUUGUACUAAAGGUUCCAAAAAGGACAGUAAAAAAAAAAAAGAUAAAAAAAAAACGAAGACCUAACGGGAAAAUAAAAGUAUUUGUGUAGCAGAAGUGCUCACCUGUAUUGUAGCACACGGCAGAGGAUUUUUAUACCACGUUUUUAUGGAUUAUUUUUGGCGAGUUGGAUCUGGUUCAAAAGGAAAAUGUUUAGGGUUGAGGGGAGAGAUGGUUUGGAGAAGGGGGAGAAGAGGAUGGAGAGGUGGGACCUGGAAUUGCAGCCCUCCCAGGAGCUUCCAUCCAUCCCUCUGAGGGAUCCAUCCCUUCCCUCUGGCUGCCCCUGGGGUGGACAGAGGAGCUGGGCUGGGAAGGAGGAGAAGUCUCCUGGGGGAUCCUGCUUUUCCCAUCAAAAUGAGAGGGUUUUGAGCUGAAACAAAGGAGUGUUCCAGGCACAGGGUGGCUGUUCCAGGGGUGAUGGGAUCAGUUUGGGGCGUUGAUGAUCCAAGGAAGGAGAAGCCCAAGUUCUCCAAAGCUGCUUUAGCAUUUUAGGAUGGUUUGGCUCAGAUUAAUAACUCUGCCCCUGCCCCAGCAGCCAGCAGAGCCUUGGAGGGCUCCAGGGGUGUUUUGGGGUCAGUUUUGGGAUUGGUUUGGGGCAGCUGUGCCCCUUUCUGCACCCCGACCCUGGGCACAGCAGUUCCAUGGCCUUCAGCGCCUUCCCCUCUGCGUGGAUGGGGCAGUGCUGGGAAGGGCUGGGGGGCUCUGCCCUGUCCCCAGGGUCCCCCCCAGCAGCGGGGUCACCCCCAGCCCAUGUCCCCCAGCCCCAUGGGUUUGCAGCUUAGUUUUCCUCCCCAGAGACCAGGAUUGAGGCAGGAAUUGCAUGUUCCAGAGCUGGUGGAGCCUUCUGGAGCCAGGGUCUCGACUUCACACCAAAGUAUGUAGCAGAAUCUGUACAGCUGUUCAUAACUACCACUGGUUUUUGUAAAAAAGGGCCAAAAAGAGAAAAAAAAAAGAAUAAAAA